AACCCACCCGCGAAGAAGAAGCAUCUUUGAAGAGGGUGGGGAAAGAAAAAUCACUUAACUACCCGUUUUUUAACAACACAAUGGAUCAUAAACGACACGAUACGCUUUCCACGCGUGUUUUACUAGCUGGAUUUGUGGUACUUAUUCUCUCAGCCUCGACGCCGACGCUGGCCAUCGAAAUCUUCACUGACCCCGAGGUAAUUGUGGAGAACGGGACGGCGUGCGUGCUCCGUUGCACCUUCAAGUCCGACGAGGUGGUCAGCAGCCAUAUCACCGUCGCCUGGAACUUCCAGUCCAGUCAGCCCGACAAUCCGUUCUCCAAGGCGCCGUAUGUGAUCUUUUACUUUUACGACGGGAAGCCGGCCCCAGCGCAGGAGGAGUUCAAAGACCGGGUGCAGUUCAUCGGCGACAUCAACAAGAGGGACGUGUCCAUAAGACUGAACCCGGCGCAGUUCAGCGACAACGGCACCUACUUUUGCGACGUGAAGAAUCCGCCCGACUACAAGGGCACGUCGGCUCGAACGGAAUUGCGCGUGGUCUUGAGAGAAUCUCUUCCUCGGGGCAGCACGACCGUCAUCAUGGGAGCGGUGUGCGGCGUUUUGGCUUUGCUGUUGCUCAUCCUCGUGGCUGUCUGUGUCAUCAUGAAGGUGCUUCACAACCGCCACGAUUAUGAAGGCUGUAUAAACUUGGAAAACGCGCGCACCCCGCCUCCGCAGCCCAUAAAGGAGGCGGAGCCCAAGCUGGAGGCCCCCACGAGUACCAGCCCCCCGGGCCAAGUGCAGGGCCCGGUGAUAUACGUCCAGUUGGACCACUCGGGCAGCAAAAACUCCUUCCACAAGAUGGAGCCGGUGGUCUACGCCGACAUCCGCAAAAACUGACACGGACUGAUGGGGGAGCCUCACGCAACAAAAACUCAAAAUCACAUACGAACUGUAAAGUAUCAGACCUCUCAUAUCAGCUGCUCUCGGGAACGCUGGCUUCUUUAUACAGGGACGGACGCUUUUUCUUUCUUUUUUUUUGGUUUUGUUUGUUCUCCGCCAUCACGUCCACACUUACACUCCCAUUACAUGGUCAAUAUUGGAUGCUUUGUAACAGCCUCACAUCAACUCAAACUGCUGCACAUUUGGACACGUUGACAGACAUUUCCAGAAGCUUUCAACAUUCCUUCCUCGGCGACCGAGAUUUAUGAUUAUUAUUAUAAGUGACUGCAGUUCAAAUACUGACAAAUAACAUCUGGUAGACUUUUGGGGUAGAUCAAAUAGGGAUGGGUAUUUUAGCAAAUUGAAAUUGUUUUUACAUUCACAUUUUCACGUCAAAAACUACAGGGGAAGAAAAUCCGCAAUUUUGUCUGUCUUCUUACAAUUUUUUCACAAAGCAGGAAAAAGUUUUUUUCUGCAAUUCCCCACAAUUUAAAAAGUAGCAACAAAUACAAAAAUUGUUAGGGUUUUUUUUUCAGUAUACCUCUAUAUGGGUAUUUGAGCAAAUUGAAUUUAUCAGUGUUAUUCAUCUUUUUUUUUUUUUUACAUUCACACUUUCUUGUCAGAAAAGUAAGGGAAAAAAUAGCAAUUUUCUUUAUUUCUCACAAUUAUGCAACAAAGCAGGAAAAUGCGACCAAAAGGUUUUCCUUGCAUUCCCUCCAAUUGAAAAAUGGCAGAAAAUUGCUAUUAAAGUCCGUGUAAAGUGAAAAUAAAAUGUAAUCUAAAUUUGACACACUUCAUAGAAGUUUUUUUUUUUCUUAAAUCCUAGUGGCUAAUGUGUUUUCAGCGUAGUGACUCUUCCAACCGCUCGAUCUUUUUCAUUUUUAUAAAAAGCAACAAGUCAAGCUGAUUUUUGUGGCGCUAUUGGAGACUCUGAGAUGUACGUCCAUCUGCAAAUGAACGGCGCUUGGGCCAAGCCAGCCAAAAAGUCCCAUUUUCCAAAAUAUGUCCCCUUAAAAUAAUACAUUGUUAACGAUGGCAAUAUGCUAAUAUGGUUCAAUUCUGCCCAUCCCUAUAAAACAUUUUAGAUUUAUUUAUUUAUUUUUUUUAAAUUUGUGUGUCUGAGUUUUCGGAGCAUGUUGGCAGGGGGAAAGCAAACGAUGGAAACGCUUUGGACUGGUGCUGCAUUCAAGUACAAUCGGAAGUCAGAGUCACUGCUCAGCCAGAUUGUUUUGACUUUAUAUUGGUCGCGGGCGCUCUUGUUGGCUUAGAAUUAUUAUCAUCAUCAUCAUCAAUAACAAUACAGUGGAACCUCCAAAGUGGGAUACAACCACUAGUUGAAUUCCAAGUUGUUAGAUUUUUCUUGUAGGAAAUAUUGUCAAUAAUGACCAAAUCUUCAUUAUAAACUGUAGAGGUGAUGUUUUUUUUGUUUUUGUUUUUUUUAACAUUUUCAGAAGCAAAGCAGGAUCGGGCCUAGUUAGUACUUGGAUGGGAAGGAUCACGAAAGUAAAAUGAAGCAAAACUACUCGCCCUUUGACAGACAUCACAACAAACAAAUUUUUUUUCUCAUUAGAAAAUGAAUUAUUUUGUUGCCAUCAUAAAAGUUUUAUCAAGCUGUACAAGUGAUAUUUGAAGUAAUAUUUUAACAAAAUUAAAUGUACUUAAACUAAAAAAAUCAAACUAAUCAUGCAUUGACAUACAGGGCAAACAUUAUUUCCCCCCCCCAAAAAAGUAUUGACAUUACGACAAACAAGUCACAUUUUGUCAUUAAAUAAGGAUUAAAUUUCUCUAUCGGAAAUGAUGUCAAUUCAUUUGUUUCCAUUAUAAAUAUUUAUUAAAUUGUAAAGAUAUUUUACAUAACAUUUUAAAAUCCUGAACUGUUGUAAAAUUGGAAAAGUAAGUAAACUUAAAAAGUAAAACUAAUCACCCUUUGACAGACAUGACAAAUACAUUUUCCUUAAAAAAUUACAGCAAUCUCACUUUUUUCUAAAAAAACAACAACUUUUUUUUGUAAUCUGAAUAUAAAGUAUUAACACUACGACAACUGAGUGGGAAUUCGUCAUUUUCCUUAAAUACAGACAUCAAAUUUAAUACGUUUUCAUAAGAAAUCUGAGUCUAACAACUAUUUGCGCAACAAUCCUAACUUUUUCAUAACAUUACAAGAAUGAAGUCAGAAUAUUAUGACCAAAAAGUUAUUUUAGCUAAACAUCGACGCAAUUUUUCCGUAGGUUAUUAUGUGAAUUAAUUUGCGUUAAACAUUUACAUGGACAAAUGUCAAAACAAAUUAAAACUAAAAUACAGUAAAACAAAUGAGGAAGAAACAUGAUGGUGGAAUUUUUUUGGGCGGUUCCACUGUGUUGUUUUUGUAACGCGGGGUGCGCGCUGUCCAUUUUGCAUGUAGCCUAGCCGCUAACGGCCGCACUUGGCUAACUAACGUUACUGUGAAAGCAUGUCGCUGUCGUCGUCCUUCCGCGCCUCACUGGAACAUUUGACAACAAAAGAAUCAUCUGGAAAAUUCAGAUCUGUACAAGUAAAUGUUUUUUUUUUUUUUGGCAUGUUGAGGGAAAAAAAACUAUAAAAAAUGUUCUUCUGGGGUGGAACACUGUUUGCAUGCAAUCUACUAACGUGAUAAUCCUAUGACGAAAAAUGCUUGUUGAUGUGUUUAAAUUUAUUUAAAAAUGAAAUAAUGGGCCAAAUAUCAUUGUCAUAAUCAUCAUCAUCUGUGUUUCAGCUUUAAAAUGCAUUUUUAUUUGUCAAAUUUUUCAAGCCAAAUUCAGUUUAUGUGAACAUUGUCAUCCCCCCCUGUGGUAUGUAUUUGUAUAGAAUAAUACACAUACGUACCUAUGUACGUACUUAAUGUGUGGUGCUGGUUACUGUAAGUGCAUUCCAGUGUGAUAAGCACGCCCUUUUCCUUUCCUUUUCCUGGUCUUAAUUCUUCGUGGUGAGCGAUGUGCCUGCAGGAGUGAUGUGUAGGGGCUAAAAUUAGCCACUAGAGGUCAGUAGAGGCCCCCAAUACCAAUGAACAUGCUAGCUAACAAGAUUAAAUAGCUUCGUAAUGUUACGAUUCCAUUCUUUAAAAAAAAAAAAAACUGUCCUCGUAAAAAAACUAUUUUUUCUAGAUUACGAGAAUCGUCGUACAGUUAAAAGUAUUUUUCGUUAAAACGAAAGUGAUGAAAUAUGACUUGUAUCAUUGUCAUUUUGUGAAAUGUUUUCCCUAAAAAAAAAUUGACUUCAAUAUCAUAUGACAGUUUUUCCUCAAAAUAUUACAAGCCUAUUUAUGAAAUAUUACCACUUUGUUAGGAAAAGCUUUUUUAUUGUCAUAUUGCAGUUUUAUUCUAUUAAUAAAAAAAACCCGAAUGAGUCUUCCAUACCAUGUGUUCUGGUUGUAACUAAAAGGAGCCACUAGAGGUCAGCAGAGGAGACAGUUGCAAUACCAAUUAAUAUGCUAGCUAACAAGAUGAAAUGUGUACAAGGGGGGAAAAAAAGCUUCUUUUCCCUCAUAAUAAUAGGUUUCUUUUCAGGAAAGGUAGUAGUAGUACUCUUGAAUGUUUUGAUGUGUCAACAUGGAUGUCAAAUUUUAGCCCAAGUUUUUCCUUACAAAAUGUUUUUAAAUAUUUUGCUCUUUUCCCACAUUGAGCGAAAAUCGAUGAAUCUGAUCUGUCCUACAUUUGUUAGCAUAGCAUGUUAGCACUCCGUUGCAGGCACUGUGCUCUUCCAGCUCGCUUUUGAUUGAACGAGUUCACAGCAAGCUAAGCGUCUUCACCAAAAAAACACCAAACUUGUAUGAUCGCUAGCCACUUUUUUAUUUUUUUUAAAAAAAAUGCUUAUCAGUUGUGGUUUUGAGCUGCUGGGGGCUGCGUGUGUGUAUAUGUGUAUGCGUGCGUGUGUGUUGCUGUCGUCCACAUGGUGAUGUAAAGUAUAAAUUAUAAAAAGACGGUCCUAGCUGUGCUUUUCAGCUUUCUCUGUGUGCUAAAUAGUUGUUCUAUUCGAUAGUGUCUUGUAAAAAAAUUUUUUUUUUAAAAAUGCACUACGUCUUGACUAAGGAAGACAAAAACCUGCCCUGUGAUUUAUUUUUUUAUUACUCAUCUCUGAAUGACUGGCCUCUUGUUUUAUGAAAAGAAAAACAAAACAAAAAACUGGAAUGUUGUACAUUUAGUGCCUUUUACAUUUCAUCAGCUAACUUGAACGUCUGCUUCAUAUAGAAAAGAUUCAUUUAUUUUUUCCUUUUAUUGUAUGUAUUUUUUUAUACGUAUAAUAGCCUGUUCUGUAUCCACUUGUCCAAAUUUUAUAUAUAAAAAAUACUAUUUCUGGCCAAA